ACUUAGCGAGAGAAACCGAUUCCGCACACAGCGAACGCCAUGGCUGUGCUGCACCCGUUCUUCCGGCAGCACAGCGUGCCCCGCCUGGAGGCCGAAUGGCAGAGGCUGCCCGCGCACGUGCCCCAUGCGCCCGCGUCCUGGUGCCCGCCUGAGACCUUUCGGCGGCGCUGGACUCAGCCAGCGGUGCAGUGGGAUCUGCCCCCGAGCAGGGCGCAGCCGCGGCCCAGCCACCCAGUGGCCUGCGAUUUCCGACUUGGCCCGGACGGCACUUUUGGCCAUGGCCCGCUCGGGCCGGGGUUCGCACCCAGACGCAUUGAGCCCUUCCCAAGGCUUGAGGGCCCUGAGAGGCUUGAGAGGCCCGAGAGAGCCCGGGCCGUGUCGGAGGGGCCGCAGAGGUUUGUGGUGAGAGAGCUAGAGCCACAGCGAGUCAGAUCAGAGGUGACAGCAACCCUCGAUCUCUUGUCUGCCUGUGCUUUGAAGCCGCCCGCCGGGCAUGCGGCUGUGGCACAGGCACUGCUCGCGGUCUCCCAGCCGGAGCUGUGCAAGGCACCGGUCGAGGUCGCGCAGGAGACCCUGGAAGCGGCGCCGCCGACGCCUGGGCCAUCGCCCUGGUCUGGGUCCACAACGCCUUCUCCCAAGAAAUCUCCCAGCGACACCCGGAGCCUGCGGCUCUCUCCCUCUUCGAGUGCUGGGUUUCCUGGAUCUUUUGUGCUCAGAAGGAAAAGUGCAGAGGAGGACUCGAACAUGCGACCUAAGAUGGAGCAUUUUGCUGGUCACAGUGCCACACACGGCAGGAUGGCUCGGCUUCGGCCCCAGCAGCAGCAGGCAUGCAAGGUGGGGCGAGGACUCUCUGACCCCGGCACAAAUGCGGACGGGACAUCGCAGCCCACAUCACCUGACGUUUGUGACAAGCUGUCCCCCGUGCCGCACAGCCUGAGCCCACCUUUGUCAGCGCCAUUUUCUCCAGAUGACUUGGGCUUCGCACCUCGGGCUUGUAGAGCAGAUGCAGGGACUCAAACCGGGACCCCGCAGGGCAGGCAGCACCGGCAACACCAACUACUUGCCGGGACACCUCCGCAAAGUGCGCGGCAGAAACAGCCGCUGCGAACACUUCAAGACGAGUGGAACAUGCGGAACCUUCCUGCCUGCAUCAGUGCGCUGGCAGUGAAGGAGGAAGAACCUGAGCAACGGCACUGCCUUCGCAAGCUGGAAGUUCGCGUCGCGCCGUGCUGGCGAAACCAUCGAGGCCUGAAAGAAAGCGACACCAGCAGCCUGCAGGUGUCGUCCACCCAGUCACCCUCAUCUUUUUCCGCUGACGUUUUCAGCGGAGAUGGCGGGGACCAGGGCAACAAGCGACAUUCCCUGGCAGACUCGUUCUCCUCUUUGUCGUCGCCUCUGGAUCUUUCAAGCACCUGGAAGGAGUUGGAGACGAGCCCUCUUGCAGAAGAAGUCGGGAAGCUGCCCCUAGAAGAACUGCAAAAGCGCGCCGAGACCCUGACGCAGAAGCUGCAGCGGAGAGAGAGGCAGUGCUUGGCCCUGCGUGAAGCUUUGGAAAGCUGCAACAGCCAAUUUCGGCACGCCUUGGGAGGCUCUCCGACAAUGUUCUGUACAAAAGCCAGUGAGACGUGGGAUAGGUAGGUCUUAGGUGCCGGAAGGGGCUGGCGCCGACCUUUGGUUUUUUGGAUCAGCAUGAUCAGCAUAGGCUGACCGGGAUGCUUGGUCGUUACCUGGAAGAUGUCAAGGUGGGACAUCAAAAAUUCAGCGGGUCCCGUUUCUUCCGCACUUGUGCCGUGAAGCACUACAAAUUCAAAGCGGAAGUACGGCUAAUUCAGAGCCCAUGGGAAUUCGAUGCACAGCAACGUGCAAAA